UGUACAAGUUAAUGAACAAUGCUGUGUUUGGGAAAACUAUGGAAAAUAUUCGAAAAAGAAGGGUAGUAAAAUUACGUACACGAUGGUUUGGUCGAUAUGGUGUAAAAGUAUUGAUUGCUAAGCCGAAUUUUUAUAAUCGUACAAUAUUUAGUGAAAAUUUAGUAGCAAUUGAAAUGAAAAAUCUAUCUUUAUAUUUCAAUAGACCGAUUAUUGUGGGAAUGGCUACUUUAGAUAUUGCAAAAACCUGUUUCAAUGAUUUUCAUUAUGGUUAUGUGAAACCAAAAUUUGGGGAUAAGGCUAAAGGAUUAUACACUGAUACGGACUCAAUAAUCUAUAGCAUUGAGACCGAUGAUAUAUAUGAGAUUAAGAAAGCAGAUAUAGAUAGAUUUGAUACAAGCGAUUAUGAACCGAAUAAUAUUUAUGGUAUGCCAUUAGUUAACAAAAAAGUGUCUGGAUUAAUGAAGGAUGAAUUAAAUGGAAAGAUUAUGACUGAGUUUAUUGGAUUAAGAGCAAAAAUGUAUACCUAUAAGAUUGAUAAUGAUAAUGAAAAUAUUGUGAAAAAGAUAAAAGGUAUUAAGAGAGAUGUUGUAAAAAAUCAAAUAACUUUUGAAGAUUAUUAUGAGUGUUUGAAUAAAUCAAAAAUUAAAGUUACAUCACAAAAAUGUAUACGUUCAUUUAAACAUAAAUUGUAUAGUAUUAAAGAGAGUAAGAUAGCGUUAAGCGGAAAUGAUGAUAAGAGAUGUAUGAUUGAUAAUAGUUUUGAUACAUAUGCAUGGGGUCAUUAUAAAUUAAGAAACUAA